UUUGGUAUCAACACGGGUAGAACGAUGUCGCUCGCCUUGGUUGCCGUCCUGCUUGUAGCAGUGGUCAGCACUGAGUACGUGGCUGGUGACGUCACAUCGUAUGGCGCCCCCCUGGGGUUCCCGGUCGCCCCCCUGACGCUGUACCCCGACUUCCUAGUCGGCAACAACAACCAGUACUUAGACGGGAAAUAUUUUAGCCCCACCCCGGUGGUGUCUAGUCCUAGUCAGACUGUGUAUACCCCACCGUCUAACAGUGGCAUGCCCACGAGCAGUUAUGCCCAGCCAUCGCCCUAUGCCCAGCCAUCGCCCUAUGCCCAGCCAUCACCCUAUGCCCAGCCAUCGCCUUCUGCCCAACCAUCGCCAUAUGCCCAGCCAUCGCCUUCUGCCCACCCAUCCCCCUAUGCCCAGCCAUCACCCUAUGCCCAGCCAUCGCCUUCUGCCCAACCAUCGCCAUAUGCCCAGCCAUCGCCUUCUGCCCAGCCAUCGCCCUCUGCCCAGCCAUCUCCCUCUUCCCAGCCAUCGCCCUAUGCCCAACCAUCGCCCUAUGCCCAACCAUCGCCAUAUGCCCAGCCAUCGCCCUCUGCCCAGCCAUCGCCCUCUGCCCAGCCAUCGCCCUCUGCCCAUUCAAGUCCCUCUGCCCAGCCAUCGCUAUAUGCCCAGGCACCCAGCAGUUACCCCAAGCCAAGCACUUAUGUGAAACCGUCAACUUAUGCCUCACCCCCAACUUAUGCCUCACCACCAACUUAUGCCUCACCACCAACUUAUGCCUCACCACCAAGUUAUGCCUCACCACCAAGUUAUGCCUCACCACCAAGUUAUGCCUCACCACCAAGUUAUGCCCCACCCCCUACCUAUACUCAACCAUCCGUUUAUCUCAGACCAUCAGCUUAUGCCCCGCCACCAAGUUAUGCCCCACCCCCUACCUAUUCCCAGCCAUCGAACUAUACCAAACCCUCCUCUUAUGCCCCACCCCCCACAUAUACCAACCAUGUGACGACGAAAGAUUACUCCGAUGGCUCUUACCCCUGUGACGAGCAUGACGACGGGCUGACCUACUGUAUCCCCGGCAAGUGUGGCGCCUACUACGAGUGCUUCUACGGUACGGCGCUGUACCGCGAGUGUGACCACUACCACAGGUUCAGCGCUGGUCAGUGUGUCCGUGACUACAGGUGCUCCCCAGAUUAUGCUUAAGCCAUACAUAACUUAUGCUGAUCUAUGAGGUUGACCACAGAUUACUGAACUUUUACAAGUGCACUCCAAAG